AUGACGCACUCCAUCCAUGUGGGGUUUAUUGUUGUACCUAAUUACCUAUCGGCUUUGAAGCUGUUCUUGAAUUUUGUGUCGGCUGUUAUGUUACUGCCGGACAAACCUGAAAAAAUUAACCUACCCACCUCUAACAAUCACCUACACAGAACUCUCUCUCUCACCAAUGCUGCUGGAAGCGCUGGCGACUUCCAUGCUCUCCGCGACACCCUCAACAAGCGCAUCCAAGACAACUGUUUCAACACGAAGUCCACCUUCGACUUCGUCAUCGACGAAACCUUCUCCUCUUCCCUCCUCAACAGCCUCCUUCAAACCCUAUCCACCCUCAACCGCGGCGUCACUCACAAGAACGCAUUCGAUUCCCUCAUCACGCACCUCUGCAAGUUCCAGUGCGUUGAUGACGCGCUCCACGCCAUCAAAUAUAUGGCACGUACCGACGCCGGAGGCUGCCGCCCUAGUGCGACCACCUUCUACCCCGUCCUGAACAUCCUAUCGCGCCAGGAAGCCAUAGGCCACGCGCGGCGCGUGGUGGAUUUCAUGUCCACGCUUGGCGUGAAUCUGGAUCUAACGGGACACAACUACUUCCUCGUUGCACAUUGCUACGUUGGAGACGUGGCUGCCGCUGCCGGAGUUUUGAAGAAGAUGGGAGGAAGAUGGGAUUGGUGCGGAUGCGCAUACGUUUGA